AUGAAUUUCUUCUUGGCAUCUUUAUCUAUCUUCAUGGAAAUAGCUUUGGCUGCUAUUGUUGAUGAUUUCUCCUGUACCGUUAAUGGUGUCUACACCUCCUCCGCUACCGCUUGCGCCAACACCAUCUCCGAUCAAGCCUGCGCAGUGUUCUACCCAGAAUCGUCUCCAAACGCUGGCUUCCCUCUACCCGGAAAUAGUGUUCAAAGACCUUACAAAUGCUAUAGUGUGAAUGCAAAUGGAGGAGCUGUUAGUGCAGAUAUGAAGAAGGCCGCAAUCUCAAAUUGUGCUAAAACUUGUGGAAUGUGCUGCUUGACUCCAGCCUACAACUGUCCAAAUGCUCCUUUCCCAAGUAUGGAUUGCAACUCGAUCACCGCUUCCCAAUGCUCGUCACCAAUCUGGCGUGAGCUGAUCGCUAAGAAUUGCCCAGCCGCCUGUGGAUUCUGUAACGAUGGAGGAUGCGUUGAUGGAGUAACCGACUGUGCAAACGAUAUCACUAUCUGUACCAAUGUUGUCAUGCAAGACUUUGUGAAUCAAUACUGUAAGAAGACAUGUGGCAGAUGCAAUGGAAGUAACCCAUCUAAACCAACUUGCACCAAGUAUCCGGGAGAUUCUGCCUCUGCUUGUGCUGCGUGGGCUGCCAAUGGUUAUUGUACCAAUAGUUUUUAUACCGAUGAAACGAGAAGAAGGUAUUGUGCAACCACUUGCAAGAUUUGUUGA